AUGACAACUCUUGACAUUUACUCUCUUCAAAUUGUCAGUCAAUACUUAACAAGUAAAUAUGAUUUUAUAAAUAUUAUUCAGACUACUAAAAAAUAUAUGUUUAUUCUAGAUAGAUUUAGAAUAAACCCAAUUAGAAUUACAUCAUUUGUAAAGAACUUAUUUCAGUUUUUAGAUACUCAAAUUGUUUAUUAUGAAAAUGAUUACAUUGUACACAGAGUUGUUAAAUUAAUCAUUCAAUAUCCUGUCUCUUAUACAGAGAUAGCUGAAAUAACAAAACGGUAUAAAGAUGUAACUUGUAUAUUCAAGAACGUAAUCUUAGAAUCUCUUAAUGGUUGUGACAAAAAAAUAAUUCCUAAGGAAGUUAAUAUUCUUGGAGAUAGCUGUUUUGAAGGAAAAGAGCUUAAAGCAAUGGUAAUACCAAAUACAAUAAAAGAGAUUAGAGAGUCUUGUUUUGAUGAAUGUAGAUUUAAGUGGAUAAAGAUUCCAAUUUCUGUUACAAGAAUAAAACCAUUAGCUUUUUCAAAUUGUAGGUCAUUAACAAAAGUUGAAUUACCUUCAUUUCUUAGUUCAAUUGAAGAUAGUGUAUUUAAAAAUUGUGUUAAAUUAAAAGAAAUUAAUAUUCCUAAGUCAGUUACUUCUCUUGGAUAUGGAUGUUUUUCUGAAAGUGGUAUUAGAAGGUUUGAGAUUACUUCACAAUUUCAAUUUAUUGGUGGAAGUAUUUUUUGUAUGUCUUUAUUAAGAAAAGUAUCAUUUACUGGUGUGAAACAAAUUCCUAGUGGAAUAUGUAGUGGAUGUAAUCAUCUUACUAAUGUUAUGAUGGAUGAUACAGUAGAAUUUAUUUUUGAUUAUGCUUUUGAACAAUGUACUGAACUUAAAAAUAUUAAUUUUUCAUCUAAUUUAAAAUUUAUAGGAAGUUAUGCAUUUGUUGGAUGUGCAUUUAAUAAAGUUAUUCUUCCAAAUAAUUUAGAAAUUUUAGGUGAUUCAUGUCUUGCAGAUUGUAGAAAUUUAACUGAACUACGAGUAUUAUCAAAACAAUGUAUCAUUGGAGAAGGAGUCUUUUUUGCAGACCAUAGAUUAAAAAUAAUUGAACUUCCAUUAAAAGAUGGUAAAUAUCCAUUUGCAGUAACUAAAGAAGAAAAGAAAUUACUUAAAAGAAAUGGAAUAGAAUGUAUUAAUAUUUUAACUGAUCAAAAUUAUGUUGAACCAAUUGAAUUAUUAAAUACAAAUAAACAAAUUAGAAAUAUUCAAGAAUUUGGAAAAUUUCUGUCAACAUCUAUUUGUAUUCUUAAUUCUGCAAAUAGAAUUGAUAGUAAUCUAUUGAAUUCACAUUAUUGUGAAGAAUUAAUUCUUCCAAAAUCAAUUAUUCAAAUUAAUGGUUAUAUACCAACACCAAAUCUUACUAAAAUUGUAUUACCAGAAUGUAUUGAAGUUUUACAUCAAGAACAAAUUGGUUAUUUAAAAGGUCUUAAAAUUAUUGAAAUUCCUAAUUCUGUUACUAGAAUAGAAAAAUGGUGUUUUAAUACAUUAGAUCAAUUAGAAUCAUUACAAAUUCCUUCUUCCGUUAAAAUACUUAAAAAAGAAUUUAUUAUCGAUUGUCCUUCAUUAACUGAAUUGAAUUGGAACAAUAAAGAACCUAUUAUGAAAGAACCAUUUAAUUAUUUAAUAUAUACUCAACUAAAAAAAUCUAAUAUUCAUUUCACAAAAUUUACUUUAAAUGGAUUAGAUGGAAUUGAUCCACUUCAUUUCACUAUUACUGAACCUAUUGUAUUUCAACAAAAUGAUUUUAAUGAACAAAUUUCAAAAUUUAAAAUAUUACCAAAUAAUCUAAUAGAAAUUAAUGGAUCAAAUAGAAUAGAUGAAACAUUAACUUCAAUUACAAUCCCUUCUUCUGUUUCUUCAAUAGGUAAUUCAGCUUUUGUUGAUUUUAUAAAUUUGAAGGAAAUACAUUUCCCUGAAAAUGAAAUAGAGUUUGAUGAUUGUAUGUUCAAAGGAUGUACUUCACUUAGUGUUAUCAAAUCAAAAAACCCAAAAAAUCUUCAAAUAAAUUUUCACACUGAAAUUAUAAAUAUAUUAAAAGGUUUUGGAUAUAAUUUUCAAUACAACAAAAGGGUUAUUAAAAAUUAUCAUCCAUCUAAUUAUUAUAAAGAAGACUAUUCAAUACAAAACUUUUGUCUAACUAAUGUACAAUCAAUUGACAAUGAAGCUUUUUUUUAUUUCACUUCUAUUACUCAUAUAUCUUUUUCUACUAAAUUGAUAUCAAUUGGAGACGCUGCUUUUAGACAAUGCUCUAUACUAAAAACUAUUCAGAUCCCUUCAACAGUAACAUUUAUUGGAGAGUCAUGUUUUGAACGUUGUUCAUCUUUAUCCACAAUAAAAAUUGAAAAUCCUUUUGUUGAUUGUGGAAACUAUUGUUUUAAUCAUUGUAUUGGAUUAACUUCAAUCCCAUUAAUAUAUAAGCUCAGUGUUGGUCUCUUUGAAUAUUGUGAAUCGCUUCAAUACAUUUCAUUGUUGGAUGGUGUUAAAGAACUUUCUCCUGGUUGUUUUAGUCAUUGUAUUUCUCUUAAAGACAUCUCAAUUCCACAAAGCGUCACAGCAAUAAGAAGGUAUUGUUUUAGAGAAUGUUUUUCUCUCACAUCCAUUGACAUUCCAUCAGAAAUAAAGUUGAUUGAAUUAGGUACGUUUUAUGACUGUAAAAAUCUGAGAAAAGUUAUAAUGAAAAAUGAGCACAUUGAACUCGGAGAUCAUUUGUUUGAUGGCUGUACUUCACUUAACACUAUUUCAAUUAAUGGUUCUACUAUCAAAUUAUUUGACAUAGAAACAUCUUAUUCACAAUACAAAUACUUUCACUUAAAAGGAAUAAACUGUAAAAGAGUGUCAUUAAGUAGAAGAGAAAGAAUUGAAAAUGGGUUUAUUGUCAUGACAAAUAAAAAUAUAGUUAGUAUUGACGAAUGUUGUUUUGGUGGGUGUACUGAAUUUACUAGACUUACUAUUCCAAAUAAUAUCACUAAAAUAGGACCAUUUUGUUUUAAAGAUUGUAUCAAUCUUCAAUCCAUUGUAAUUCCAUCUUCAAUAACCUCAAUACCACCAUAUUGUUUUGAUAAUUGCACUAAUCUGACUUCAAUUGACAUCCCCUCUACAAUUAAAAAUUUUGGUGAUAAAUGUUUCACUGGAUGUGUAUUAUUAAAAAAUGAAAAAAUACCUAACGAAUGUUUUAAAACAGUUAACAUUGAAGAUAUUGAAGAAAAUAACA